AUGGCCACGAAAAUCGGCGACGCCGUCCCGAAAUGCUCUUCGUAUGAUGUGCAGAAGGAAGACAAGGAAAUCGACAAUGGAUGCGCAACGGAAGUCCAACAAGCUCGGGAAUGCUGCGACACCGGUUACAGCACUAAUUCGGAGGCAAAGGAGAACGCUUGCUGCUCGGAGCGCGAGAUCGAGGCCGAGCUCAAGGCUCUGGGUUUAAAGGACGACGAGAAAGCCGAGAAAAGCCCAGACGAGAACAAGUUCGUCUUCCACUAUGACCCGAAGACUGCUUUUAACGCUGCAGAGGAAAACAAGGAAAACGAGGAAGAGUCGGACGCGGAUGAGGAGGAAGAAGAGAGCCCUUGCACCGUGCAGCCAGUCUGCCCACUUCCGGAAUUGAUUAAGGUGGUAACUGGCGAGGAGGACGAGGAGGUGUUAUUUCAAGAGCGCUGCAAGUUGUACCGUUUCGACCGGGAGUCGCGUGAGGUGCAGGAGCGCGGGCUUGGCGAGAUGAAGGUUCUGAAAAACCCGAAGAGCGGCCGAAUGCGCUGCGUCAUGCGCCGCGAGCAGAUCCUGAACUUGUGCGCCAAUUUCCCGAUCGUCGCCCAGAUGGAGAUCAAGGCAAAGGCCGGCACCGACGAGACGGCCCUCUUCUUUUGCCAGGACUUUUCGGAGUGCGAUGACGGCGAGGGCCAGACGUUCUACACCCGUUUCCGCACCGGCUCAACUCGCGAGCGCUUCAUCAAUCUUUUCCGCGAGGGCGUCGCCGCUUUCCAG